AAGUCACCUUAUAGCAACACUGUUAAUAUCACUGUGGUGAACUUGCAGCAGCCCAACAUUUCCCACAGUGCUCCUGAUGGACAGUUUGUUGUGGGGUCUCAGGGGCCAGUGAUCACCAGGGGCCACAGUUUCACUAUCAUCUGUUCCACUGAAUCUCAGUAUCCUGGAGGCUCUUUUCACCUGUUCAGAGGGUCAAACAUCACCAGGAGUGAGUCAGCUGUCAAUCACUCCUCCUCCUUCUCCUUUCCUGAGGCAGAUUAUUCACAUGAGGGAAACUACAGUUGUGUUUAUGAAGUCAGUGUCUCCUCACGCUCCUUCCGUUCAUCUGCCUCUGAACUGCUGCUCAUCACUAUCACAGAUCUGAGAUUGGUCAGUGGUUCUGAUUUAUGCUGUGGAAGAGUGGAGAUCCGUUAUAAUGGCCAGUGGGGAACCGUGUGUGAUGAUAACUGGGACAUGAAUGAUACUGCUGUGGUGUGCAGACAGUUACAGUGUGGAUCAGCCAUCAGUGCACCUCAAAGUGCCGCUUUUGGUCAAGGCAGUAAAUCGAUCUGGCUGGAUGAUGUUGAAUGUUCAGGAACUGAAGGAACCCUCACACAAUGUUCACACCGUGGAUUAGGAAAACAUGACUGUAAUCAUGGUAAAGAUGCUGGUGUUGUUUGUUCAGGUGAGCUGCAGAUGCCGACCCUUUCCCUGACCUCCACACAUGCAGUUGUUUCUCGUGGAGAAAAUAUCCAGUUCAGAUGCACAACACCUAAACCAAGAUGUAAUGUUAAUGCUGAAUUCCAGCUCUUCCAAAACAGUUUAUCUGUAUCCUCCCAGACACAUGUAUCUAGUGUGACUUUCAACCAUAAUAUAGACAUUUCACAUCAAGGCAGCUACAGCUGUCAAUACUCCUACCAAAACAAUAUCAAGUCACCUUUGAGCAACACUGUCAACCUCACUGUAGUGGACUUGCAGCAGCCCAACAUUUCCCACAGUGCUCCUGAUGGACAGUUUGUUUGUGGGGUCUCAGGGGCCAGUGAUCACCAGGGGCCACAGUUUCACUAUCAUCUGUUCCACUGAAUCUCAGUAUCCUGGAGGCUCUUUUCACCUGUUCAGAGAGUCAAACAUCACCAGGAGUGAGUCAGCUGUCAAUCACUCCUCCUCCUUCUCCUUUCCUGAGGCAGAUUAUUCACAUGAGGGAAACUACAGUUGUGUUUAUGAAGUCAGUGUCUCCUCACGCUCCUUCCGUUCAUCUGCCUCUGAACUGCUGCUCAUCACUAUCACAGCCUCGCUGCUUCCUGUCAUGGGUGCUGCAGUGUCAGCUGUGCUGCUCUUAUUGUCUGUCCUCAUAAUCAUCCUCCUGCUGAAGAGAAGACAAAAGCAAAGGAACAAGGAAACUCAUUCGAAGUGCUCUUUUACUAAAGGUGCAGCUAACACAUAUGCAGGUGCAUCCCAUGAAAACAAAAAUAAAGAAAAUGAUGAGGCUGAUUAUGAAAAUGUAGAACUUCGUAAAAACAUGGAUUAUGAUGACACUGAAGAUGUUUAUAUUAAUGUGGACUCUAAUCAUUCUAAAACUGAUUAUAAUAAUCCUGAUGACUCUGAAGAGGACUAUAUUAAUGUGGACUCUGAUCAACCAGAACAGGACUAUAUCCAUGUGGACACUGAUGAAUCUGAAGAGGACUAUGUCAAUGUGAAUGGUAUAGAAAAUAAAAGUGUGGUAGACAAAUCUGAUGAUAACAUUUAUGAAAGCUGUUGUGAUUAAUGACUGGUUUUGGCCUACCUGAAGAAUAUCACUGGACCUUCCCUGUUG